CUCUAAAUGGGUGAUCCAGAGAAAGGAAAGAAAAUUUUUGUUCAGAAGUGUGUUGUAUGCCACACAAUUGAAAAAGGUGGAAAGCAUAUGGUUGGCCCAAACCUCUGGGGUCUUUUUGGGCGUAAGACUGGUACUGCUCCAGGAUAUUCAUAUACUGAUGCAAAUAAAAAUAAAGGCAUCACAUGGGGAGAAAGCACUCUGAUGGAAUAUUUGGAGAAUCCCAAAAAAUACAUUCCUGGAACAAAAAUGCUGUUUGCUGGUAUCAAGAAGAAAAGUGAACGUGCUGACCUCAUUGCUUAUUUAAAGACAGCUUCAUAG